AUGAAAUUCGGCAGUAAGAUUAGCACUGUCCCCCGACUUUUAAUGGCUGGGUGGAACAGGAUGAAAUUUGGGUGGGGAAAUCGCUUGCUGAGCGUGUAUGUUUUGGGUGUUCUACAAACACAACAGUAUUCGUCACAAAUUGCGCUUUUCAGCCAUGCCAACCUCCGACGCAUUCGAACCAACCUGCGAGUACAUGCCAAAUAUAAAGGCUCGUUUGGAUUAUGGGGAAGCAUCGUCGUCGUCGAGGAGCCCUUACUGCGAAAGGCCAGCCUACAAUGGCUAUGGAUCGCGUCACAAACACCUUAA